AUAACAUUGGCAAAGAAGCCAGAAGACACAGGAAAAGUAAACCCCUUCGCACCCMUCCCCCAACCAACAACGUUCACCAGAGCUCAAUAUUCGUGCCAUGUCAUCUUUAGAAGGACGUCCGAAUCACAACCCUGACAGAACAGARAAAUGGUUYUGGUGCAUAGCWUGCUUGGAAGCCAUACUGAUUAUCAUUGGCAAUGGGACUGUCAUUUACUUAGUGACCAGCCAGAAACGUUUGCGCAGGACUGGGAACUGGUUUAUAUUGUCUUUGGCUUUCGCAGAUUUCUUCGUGGGUAUCUUUAUUAUCCCAACMUUCUUUGCGUGCUCACGAUUACAUUUCACGUGCUCAUGGGACGUACAAGURUUGUUCUUUGAGUUGUUUCUGUUCACUUCCAUUGGAAAUCUGUGCGCUAUGACUUUAGACMGAUACAUCGCUAUAAUCCAUCCUCUACGYUAUCCUGCUGUCAUGACUACCAAGAGAGCAUGCUUUGCCAUUGGUCUUGCCUGGGCUGUACCUGGAAUUACUGCCUUGGCACCAGUCUUCUGGCGGUUUAAAGACACUGAAAGUGACGCACCGGAAAGGGUUUUCCGAGUGUUUGUGAUCUUCGCGUUCGUUCUGGUCCCCGUGACAGUUCUCUUAUUGGUUUACGUGAGAAUUAUCAUUGUCGUACGUCGUCAUAGCCGUCAUUUGGCGAUAUUGGACGCACAGCUGAACUUCAACAUYAAWAGAAUGGCGACUAAUAAUAGAGGCACCACCAUGAAAUCGUCCGCUAAGGUYAUGGGUACCAUGAUAUUGUUAUUUGUAACAUGUUGGUGUCUAUCUACCUAUAGGUCCUUAUGUGCGUAUUUUAACCUGGGUCAAUCAACUCCACUUUUAGACAAACUAUCACGUCUAUUGCUGUUCUUAAACAGUGCAGGGAACCCAAUGGUAUAUUCUUUACUUAAAGAGGAUUUGCGCAGGUCACUCAUAAGGACCAUUGGCGGUAUUGUAAAUAGAUGCAGGCGAGUGAAGGAUGGUGGGAAGGUUGGGGUCAUUUUCAGCAAAACCGCUCAUUGA